GAAGUAAACUCGGCAACGACACAGAAGAGAGAGAGAGAGAGAGAGAGAGAGAGAAAUCGCGGACGAAAAGUAAUGGACCGCGAUGAAGAGAAGAGGACGACGAGAGAGAGGGGGAGGAGGCAGUGGGGAAGGUGGGAAGCGGCUGCCCAAAGCUAUCCCCCUCCUCCCCCCCGCGUCGCCUCCCACCACGCGACGCCCUCCUCCUUCUUCUACCCCCUCCACCCCCUCUUCUCCCCGUAGCCAAAUCCGCCGCGUCUCAGCUCAACCCAGCAGCGCAGCAGCUCAAGCCUUCUCGCGUUGCAGCGCCGCGCCGAGGAGGUGUUUGUUGAUUUGUGGAGAUGGUGGGGGGAGAGGUCAUGUGCGAGGCGGCGGCGCCGAGGUACAGGGGGGUGAGGAAGCGGCCGUGGGGGAGGUUCGCGGCGGAGAUCCGGGACCCGGCGAAGCGGGCGCGCGUGUGGCUCGGCACCUACGACUCCGCCGAGGCCGCGGCGCGGGCCUACGACGUCGCCGCGCGGAACCUCCGCGGCCCGCUCGCCAGAACCAACUUCCCGCUCGUCUCCUCCCUCCCGCUCCCGUCGCCCCACUACCACCUCCCCGGGAAGGCGGCGGCGGCGGCGCCGCCGGUGGCCGGCCCCGCGUGCAGCGCGAGCUCCACCGUCGAGUCCUCGAGCGGGCCUCGCGGGCCCAGACCGGCGGCCACGGCGGCGGCGGUGCCCCGGAGGCGGGUCCCGCGGCCCGCGCCACCGGCGCCCGACGCCGGCUGCCACAGCGACUGCGCCUCGUCGGCCUCCGUCGUGGACGACGCCGACGACGCCUCCACCGUUCGGUCCCGCGUGGCGGCGUUCGACCUCAACCUCCCGCCGCCGCUGGACCGGGACCACGUCGACCUGUGCACGGACCUGCGGCUCUGAUAGGAAUCCACACCGAAUCGAAGCAACCGGAGAAGACGAUUCUACUGCUCGUCAUCUUUUCCCAAUUAGAUGCUUGUAUUCGACUCGACAAUAGUCUGUACCACUAUUCUUUACGCGAUAAUUGACAAGGAAUGGCCCUCUUGAGUUUCAAAAUCAAACACCUAAUUUUUCCUCGCU